AUGUGUGUGGGAGAUUUUAAUGGGAUCAUGUGGUCUUUGGAAAAAAUGGGUGGUAGUUUAAGGGCAAAUGGGGCUAUACGUAGGUUCCGGGAAGCAGUUGAGGAGUAUGGGUUGAUGAAUUUAGGAUAUGAGGGGAAUAGCUUUACAUGGACAAAUGGACAGCAUGGAAGUGGCAAUAUAAUGGAGAGGUUGGACAGGGUUCUGGCAAAUGAUAGUUGGUGUGUACUCUUUCCUUGUUUUCGAGUGCAUCAUUUAGUUCGCAUCAGAUCGGAUCAUUCCCCGUUAUCGAUGUCUUUGGUUGCUAACUGGUGCACCAAUGGUACAUAUAACAGGAAGAGAAGGAAAAGAUUGUUUAGGUUUGAAAGGAUGUGGCUUCACCAUGAGGCUUGUCAAGAGAUUAUUAGAGAGGGCUGGAUGGGUGGUACUUUUGAUGAAAGAGUAAAAACAUGCGGACGUAAGUUGAUGCGAUGGGAUAAGGAGGUCUUUGGCAAUGUGAGAAGGAAUUUAGGUGACGUUAGAAGGAAGUUGGAGAUUGCUCAAGGCGGAUCACAAUUUGAGUUAAAUAUGUCUGAAUGUAGGAGGCUUGAGGGAGAGUUAAAUCAGUUACUAAUGCUAGAAGAAUCACUGUGGCUUCAAAGAUCGAGAAUUCAGUGGUUGCAGGAGGGUGAUAGGAAUACUACAUUUUUCCAUCGACAAGCAACCCAGCGCCAUAAACGAAAUACAGUGGAGGGGAUCCGAGAUGAUUAUGGUAACUGGUGGAGGGAUGAGAAGGAAAUAGCUCGGGUGAUGACUGAUUAUUUCAAGAAUAUUUUCAAGUCGGAAACUCCUAGAAAUAUGCACAAAGUUAUAAAUUUAAUAGAGUCUAGGGUCACAACAGAAAUGAUUGAGCAAUUGACUCAACCUUACACACCAGAUGAGACAUACAGAGCCUUGAGACAGAUGCAUCCAACAAAAGCUCCUGGACCUGAUCAGGGGUUAUCAUCGUUGAUUACAGAAGCUGAGCGUAAUGGCGAAAUACAUGGUUAUAAGGUUGCUAGGAAUGCUCCAUCUGUCUCCCAUUUAUUCUUUGCAGAUGAUAGUAUUAUUUUUACGAGGGCGAAUGUUCAGGAAGCGGAGAAGAUAGCAUGGAUUCUCCAUAUCUAUGAAGAGGCACCGGGUCAGAAGAUCAAUUUGGAUAAAUCAGAGACGACAACCAGUAGUAAUGUCUCAGAAGAUCGGAAGCAGGACGUCAUUGAAAAGUUGGGCGUAAAACAAGUGGACAAGCAUGGUAAAUAUUUAGGCUUACCAACCAUAAUUGGUAAGUCUAAAAAGGAAGUAUUCAAAUUGGUUCAAGAUAGGAUUCUACACAAUUUAAUAGGGUGGAAAGAGAAGGCUUUAUCUAAGGCAGGGAAGGAGAUUUUACUAAAAACAGUUGUUCAAGCUAUUCCCACUUACAUAAUGAGUUGCUUCUUAUUUCCAACUGGAGUGUGCAAGGAAAUUGAGAGGGCAAUUAUCACGAUUUUGGUGGGGUUAUAAGGAAGGAGAGAGGAAAAUUCAUUGGAUAAAUUGGGAAUGUAUGACUACAUCAGAAGCCUCGGGAGGCCUUGGUUUUCGUGAUAUAUACUCGUUUAACCUAGCAAUGAUUGCCAAGCAAGCGUGGCGUGUUACUACUGAUACGUCUUCCUUGGUUGCCCAAAUCUUGAAGGCGAAGUAUUACCCCCGUUGCAAUUUCGGGUCAGCAAAUAUUGGAUAUCAACCUAGCUACCUGGGGCAUAGCUUGUUAGCAUCAGGGCCUUUGUUAAUGGAGGGAACAGCGUGGAGGGUGGGUAAUGGAAGGGAUAUCAAGGUUUGGCAUGAUAGAAGGAUGGGUGGGGACAAUGUAACGAAGCUGAAUUAUAGGGAGAAUUCAUUGCCUAUUGAUGCCACGGUCAAUAUGUUAAUAGAUGAUAAUCAAAUUAAGUGGAACGAGUCUUUGGUAAGAUAAAGCUUUCGACAGGAGGAAAUAGAUGCCAUUCUGUCCAUGCCUCUUAAGUAAUCGGCUUCCAAGGGAUAUACAGUUUUGGAGAUACACCCAAAUCGGGAAAACUUACAGUACGUUCAGCAUAUCAUUGGCUCAUGACACUUUAAUGGUUAUUGAUUCAACAAGACCAUCAACAAGUCGUGCUGAUCCAAUGUGGAAUUGAAUUUGACGAUUGCAAGUACCACCAAAGGUAAGGCACUUCAUUCGGAGAGCUACAUCAGAUGCUUUACCCACAAAAAUGAAUAUGGUACGUCGGGGUUGUCAAAUGGAUGCUAUUUGUUUGAUGUGUGGUAAUGCUGAGGAAACUUGGAACCAUUUAUGUCUCAUCUGUCCUAUUGCUGACUCUGUGGUAUUUGAGUCCACUUCGACUAGAUAUUUCCAUCAUGUCCGCUGGCUCUUUUAAGGAUCUCUUAUGGCACAUAACGGUACAUUUUCCUUAUGAAUAUGUUAAACUUUUCUGCAUGAUUACAUGGGCUUUAUGGUCUGCACGAAAUAAAUUCUGUUUUGAUGCUAAAGCAAGUUCAGUAGUGGAGAUUAUUGCAAGGGCACAGAAUUUAUUGCAAGAAUUUCAGUCCAACCAGGUUCCUUGUUCUAAUUCUUCGGUGAGGCAUGAUCCCAUUCAAACAUGGCAAUUACCACGGAAUGGGAUGGGAAAAAUGAACACUGAUGCUGCGGUUUUUGAUGAUGGAACUUUUGGAUUAGGUUUUGUAGUUCGGGAUGGGGAUGGUGAGGUUUUUCAAUGGCUGGAGGAAAGCGCAUGGUGGCAAAAGCUUGUAGUACGAUGGCUGAAACAUUGGCAAUGAGGUGGGCUUUGACAAUAGUAGGGGCAAGUAGAAUUCAGGACAUUGAAGCUGAGAGUGACAGUAAGGUCUUAGUUGAUGGAUCAAAUGGAAAGUGUUGCCCGAACAUUCAUGAAGAAUUGAUACUGCAGGAUAUUCAACUGUUGGCUGAUAAUAUUGGGGUUCAAUCCUUUCAAUUUGUAAACAGGAAUGCAAACAGGGUGGCCCAUCAAAUGGCACACCAUAUUUCUACUGUAAACUCUGAAUGCAUAUGGAUUGAAGAAGUUUCAACGGA